CAUCCUCGUCCCCUCCUCCACUUUCACAAGUGUCACGCUGUAACGUAUGCAUUCUCUGGGGGAUCUCCUCGCGAGCCAGCCGACCAAUGGGCGACCCGUCACGGUGUAGCAGCAGUCUGACAGCCAGCGAGAGAAGGAGCGAGGCGAUGGUCUCGGCGCCCCGGCAGAGCGCUGCAUCCACGGAAUGGACGUUGCAUGGGAAGCAACGGUGCAGCUUUGGAGCACAUGGAUGUAUGCGACUGAUUGAUCACAUAAUGCGUUGCUGUGUUUGCUCUUCAUCAUGUAAUAAUGCAGCGGUGAUGUGUGGCGAUGCCUUGUCCAUCUUAUUCCACUCACUGCGACCUAUUUUUUUGUUGGUUUGUUUUGAAGGCAGUUUAAAAAUGUUCCAGUGGAAGAUCCACCAGCGAUCAUAAAUAAAUCAAUCAAAUAAAAACACUGGACCACGGUAUGGAGAGUGGGAGCUGGGCUGCGAUGGUGGGGGACGGUGCAUCCAAUAUGACAGCUGCUCACAUCUGGCUGAGUCUCCUCAACUCCUCCAGCCCGCCGACCCGGUGGGGCAGCAGUCCAUCUGCCCGGGGAACCGCACCGGAGGACCAGAACCGCCUGAUCCAGGAGCAAGCUUACCGGGACUUCACCACCACCCUCCAGGUUUUCAUCCUCAUUGGGUCUCUACUUGGGAACGCGACAGUGUUGUGGUGCACCUGCUCUACAAACGUCUUCAAGUCGGUGACCAAUCGCUUCAUCAAAAACCUGGCUUGCACGGGUAUCUGCGCCGGCUUGGCGUGCGUUCCCUUUGACGUGGCACUGGGCUCCAGCCCUCGGUGCUGCUGGUGGCUCCACACUCUGCUGCUCUGCAAGGCCAUCAAGUUCCUCCAGAAGCUCUUUUGCUCGGUCACCGUGCUCAAUUUCAGCGCCAUUGCACUAGACAGAUACUACUCCGUCCUGUACCCAUUAGAGAGGAAGAUCUCGGAUGCAAGAGCCAGAGAUCUGGUCAUUUACAUUUGGGUCCAUGCCGUUUUGGUGAGCCUUCCUGUUUUUGUCCUGACCAACGUGACGGAUGUGUACGUCGCAUCGUCCUGCACAGACGACCACGGCAACUCCCUGGGGCGCACGGUGUACGUGUUUAUCUACAACAUCACCACCGUCAUCCUCCCUCUGGCUCUGGUCUUCUUCUUCAUGCUGCUCAUCCGCAGAGCUCUCAGCGCCAGCCAGAAGAAGAAGGUGAUCAUCGCGGCCUUGCGGACUCCACAGAACAGUAUCUCUAUCCCGUAUGUGUCGCGGCGAGAGGCAGAGUUGCACGCCAGUCUCCUGGCUGUAGUGCUGGCUUUCUUUGCCUGCAGCACCCCCUAUGGAGCUGUGGUGGUCUAUCGCACCAUUUUGGUAGAUGCCAAAGAGCUGCCUGUGUCAUUGUAUCUCACAGCCUUGUGGCUACCUAAGGUGUCCCUGCUCACCAACCCUCUUUUAUUCCUGAUUGUUAAUCGCUUGGCACGCCACAGCUGCCUGGAACUGCUGUCCAGGAUCCACAGACGCUACAGCCGGCGUAACGUGGUCAGCACGGGGGGUCUGGCUUCUCUCGGGGCGGAAGCUGUGAUAGGGGAACCCGUAGGACUGGAGACGGCAGGUCGCUCUGGAAGCCAGCUUCUGGAGAUGUUCAACAUUGGCCAGCAGCAGAUUUUUAGACCCUCUGAGGAGGAAGAGGAGCAUGUAGCGAAUGAGAUUCCUCCUCAGGGAAAAGAAGGACCCAAAGAGGACAACAAGAGUGGGUCAAGGCAAAAAGGACUUACAACACAGGUUAUCACCAAAAACGAUUUGUUGCAGGGACACGGAGGUGGCCUCGCCAAGGAGUGCCCACCUUCAACCAUGGCAUCACGCUCAUCUCCCGUCCACACGUGCGCCUAUACGUCGUCGUCACAGGUGGCACCGGCUACGCUUCCAGAAACGGAAGACCCCACACACUUUGGGUUUGGACCCUUUGAGCUGCCGCCACAGUGGUUACCUGAGACCAGGAAUAGCAAGAAGAGGCUGCUGCCUCCUUUGGGUAACACUCCCGAGGAGCUGAUCCAGACCAAGCUGCCCAGACCACGACCCGAACGGCGGAUAAGCAGGAAUAACAAGGUCAGCACUAUUCCUGCUGUGGACCCUUGAGCUCCUUCAGGUGGACUCUGAUCUGCAACGCUAGACAGAAGUUAUUAUGUGGACGUUUUUCUUGGACUGACUGUUGGUGAAGAUGAGACGCUUGGUUUCACCAAACCUGUUUACUGUUCACUGUUUCUCAGCCAACAGGCCAGAGGUUUUCAAUGUGUGAAGCGUGCUCCCCCUGCGAGAUGCCAGAAGACUUCAGCGGAAGUGUAGCAUAAACAAACAGAGACUGGGGUGAGCAGAAAAUGACUUUUUCAGGGAGUAAUGGAAGGGAAGCUGUACCACACUUUGAAAACCCCUCGUAUAGACACGUCACUCUCUUUUUCUGGAGUUAUUGUCAUUUCCUUUUCCGGUAUUUGGUAAUGUAAUAAAACUGUAAUUAAACAAAUUAAUUAGAAGAUAAUAGUGUUUGGUUAUUUGCCAUCUGUAUUGGGUAAAUUAUUCACAUUGGAAAUACAGCUGUCCCUCGCCACUUUGCAGUUCAAAUUUGGCGGCUUCAGUCUAUCACAGUCUUUCAAAAAUAUAUGAGUUAAUAAAUCAUGCUGUUUUGGGGUUGAAUACGGCCUAUUAGUCAAAAUGUAUGCAUACUGAAGCUGUUACAUAUUUGUUGCCUAAAUUUGUGUCAGUAAUGUUCGGUGCCAGACUUGAUCGCCAGAACAACUGGCUUUUAUUGCAGGUUUAAAUGAUUUCACAACAGGCAAAAUGAUCCCAAAUAAAAACACGGGCUACAGUUGCGGCAUAGCCCACGCCAAGGUAAAACUCAACUCUGAAACCCCUGCGUCACUAUAUUUGGACGAGUGUAAAGGUGACUAUAGGGGUGUUAGUUCAUACUGUAUCUAAUAAUGUUAAAGAACUUAUUUAGAAGGUCGUAAACAGGUUUUCUAUGAUCUAACCUACUUUGCGGAAAUUCCCUUGUCACAGUCGCGGAACCAAUUAGCUGCACUGUAACAAAAAAAACAUCUUGCAAUUUGUUACCAUAGUUAUUGAGCUAAUGAGUCAAGUUAACACUUUGACUUGCAAAAUGUUGACAAAACACACAAAAAAAUGUUCAGUCAACAUUUACUACUGUUUUGUUCAGUGAGUGUAAAGUGAAAAUUUGAGACAAAUUAUCUUGACUUCAGUUCCGGUUUUUAAACGUCCUGUCGUCGCGCAUGCGCCGUGAGCAACUAAGGCAACGUUGAUUCUUUCCAUGGCACGCGAGGUCAGGUAACUGAUGGUUUUAUGUUAUCAUUGGCCCAAUUAACUACAGGGUUUGGCUGUCUCAGUCGAUUUUAUGUUCAAAAGUCUGCAGAAAUCCCACGUUAAAAGAAGUGAAAGUUAGCUUCAACUAUGUGAAGACAUACAUGCGUUGAGGUCUAAUAAACGCUUGUUGUGUAAUAAUACGCCGAUAAUAUCAGCGUAUCGAUACCUUAAACUCAAUUCAGAACAGUUGAGAGUGUAAUUAGGAGCACAGUAAUGUUAAUUGUUAGACAAGUUGCGUUUAAUUUAACGUGCCGUGUCGACCAACUGUUCAUCGAAGCUGGACACGAACACGCAGCAACAUGAGAAUAAGCUGGUGGAUGAAAUGCUUUAACACCUCAUCCCUCCGGCUGCAGAAAAAAGGCACUUCGACGAAAAUGAUUGACAGUGUUAUCGUGUUGGGUGGAUGCGCGUUCACCAGCUGCUGCGUGCACGCGGGAGCCAAAGUCUAUUAACCAGAGUAGUCGUGUAUACGGCGUGGUGUGGUUAAAAACACGUGGGAAAUAAAAAAACGUGGAAUCCUAAGGCCAGUAUAAUUUACUACGUCUCCAGAAAGUGAAAACUGCCUUCUACACAAGUCCUGAGCAGCACCAGCUGCAUACAAGUGUUUCUGCACAGGACUGCGAUCUAGCUGUGGCAGUGGUUGAAGUAAGACUAAAGAGAAGCAUGAGAAAAUUCAGUGUAAUCCUCGGUACAGAGUAAAUCCAGGGCUUGGUAUGAAAUUAUAAUAAUUAUACACAGUACAGUUAUUUGAUUAUGUUCAUAAUAAUGUUACUAAAACAAUUGUGAUUUCAUCAAGAGGCAAAGCACAGUGCUAUAACUUCCAUGAAGUAAUUGUGAUACAUUUGUAACAUGCAUUCCAUGUUAGAGUACUAUGCUUAUAAUCAUUUAAUACAUUUAAAUAAAAUAAAAAUUGUUUGGCCUUUCAAUCCACUUGGGAUGAGUGAUCGAACUAACAUUGCAUUCAAUACUUAUUUCACAAACGCAAGUUAAAAAAAAACACAUAAUCUAAAAUGCAUUACAGUGUAGGAAAUGUAGUUUUCUUAGUUGUCUUGUCCUCUUUGAUACCUAAUGCUCCGAUCAAGGUUUUAUGCUGCCGAUUUCGUGAGAUUGGCCGAUACAGACCAAUGGACCAAUUAACUGUACAUUUUUACAUUAUUGACCAUUUUAGACCAUUCCAAGGGCCCCUGGAAAAUUGGUAAUUGUUAAAAAAAUAAACGUUUGGGCGGAUGAAGUUCACUGUGGCCACUUGCGUUUGUGAUUCCUGGGUUUGCAUAUGAUGUAGAACUACACCUUCAAAAAGCAAACAAGGACUUUCAAGAAAAUGGAACUCUUCUUACAUUACCAAGAGACAUGAAAAUGGAAGUGUUGGACACCACAGCUCACACUGUUUUUACUUGUAAGGCUUAUCCAACCAAACGAGUUAGUCUGUGGCUGCUGCUUUGAUUGAAAAGCAUCCUUGUCUUAAGGAUCAGGGCCCAGAAACAGGCCAUCACAGCUGGACUAUGAGCAUAAAAUAUAAGAUGGGGAACUACCGCCAGAAGCUACGAUCAGCCGGUUGCUCAGAUGUCACCGUGAAUCGAAAAAGAGCGAGUAAAGACCCAAGACGUUUGAAGAAAACCAAAAGAUGCGAGGUGAAUUUCCACCCAGACAACCCAACUAGCCAGACUGAUUCUUCCCUGCAAAAAGAAAGAGAAAAAGCCAUGAAAAUGCUUGUACAACAACUUGGUGAUCAAACGUGUGAUGUACUCACCGUUAAGAAGACGGCAGCUCUUAGAGGUCUGCCCGUGUACAUGAAAGAAGAAACCGGAAACUUCAUGAAGACGUGUCUGAUGGCGGAUGGUGGUCCAGAAUCUUUUCGAAGCCGUCUGGAAGUUGUUCUCCAUGGCUUCGCAGAACUCCUCCCACGUCAGACUUUUUGCCUCGGCAACCGCCAGAGCCGCAAACCUCUUGGCCUGCCGGUACCUGUCAGCUGCCUCUGGAAUCCCAUGGACCAAAAAGGCCUGAUAGGACUCAUCCUUCAGCUUGACGGCAUCCCUCACCGUUGUUGGAUUAUCGAGUAAUUAAAACCUAUUUUUAUAUUAUUUGACUUGAACCUGAAUUUAGUUAGAUGUGUGUUUUGGAGUAAUGUGAAAACAAUGGGAAACAAAUUGUUCAAUAAAUGAUUUUUAGCACAAAAUAACAAAAAAACAGAAUUUAAAGGGAGCAGCUGUAACAUUACACCACCAGUGACAAGUGAGUGGGUUAAUUCUGUCAUUAUAUUGUCUUAUUCUGCUGCGUGCUGACAUGGUGCUCUAUGCUUCACGGCAGCGAUUUGCAUUUGCCGAGAAUUUACCCCCUCGCGCAAAAUGGGACCCCGCAUGGAUGAUGGGGUCCUACGCACAGUGCGUGUUGUGUGUGUAAGGGUGGGCGGCCCGGACCGUACCCUUCCACUGGAGUCUUUUUAGAUCAUCCAAGCUAAAGUAGCCACACUCCAUGUGUCAUUGAUAGAAAAGCACACAAGUAUUCUGGUCGACGUGUGAAGCAAAUUCGAGUUGCAGCCAUCCAGACUGGAGAAGCAUUUCAUUUUAUAAUCUUCUUUGGCUGGCGGUAAGACUGAGCACAUGAUGAAUUUCUGAGGCAGAGCAUUGCCUCCACUUCUGUGAUCGGCUUUGUUUUACUGUAGUCUUAGCAGGAAUUGUCGUCAGUGGAAUUAUUCAUGCCGUCAUCCAUAUUAACAUUAACAUUCUGCAAUUGAAGUCAACUUUCGCAAUGACCUCAGUCCAAUAUUCAUAGACGGACGCCCAUGUUCCCACAGCAUGUGUAUUUCUUCAUUGAAAUUACAGUGUGAGAAUCCUUUUCAUGGUCCACUGGCUUGUAGUGUGGAGAAUUGCUUAUUAAUCCUUGCUUAUAUUGCAUUCCUUUUACUGACACCUCAUUGAGCGCUGUGUGUGUGCUAGCUCACUUCCGCCUUUGUCACAUUGACACAAGGCCUCCAAAUAGAGAAGUGCCUGCCCGUAAGUAGCAGCUUGUAACCAAAAUUUUAGCUAGCAGUCCAAAGCAAAAAAUCAGCCGAGAAACUGCUCGCAUCCAAAAAGCACUUGUUAGUUGGGACACUCGUAUGCUAAGGUAGCACUGUAUAAAUGACAAUAAAAAUACCUGCAGUGCUCCGGUACCUUCUCUCUUCUGUCUGGCAUUUGAGACUUGACAGCUCAACUUGCAGCGACAGCAGAUACAAAUAACUUUGGUGUUGCCGAGUGAGCCAUCUGCCAGGGCUUUGAAGCCAAACUUACCAUUUCUCUGUCCAUUCCAGCUCGAUAUUUGUUGCCGCUUGUUCCUCAACAUCAACUGCCACACCACUGCGUUUCCUCAAACUACGCUGUGGGCAGA